GGGACCGCACGAGGUCCACUCGUGGGCUGUGCGGAGGCAAGGGCUGCUGGCUCUGUGCUCUAAGCUCCAGGCGGCGGAAGCGACGCCUCCAAUCAGGCAGCGGGCUCGCGACCCUCCGCGCGACCAGCCAGCACUGCCCGCCCCGCGGACUGACUGACGCGCCAGCUCGCCUCCGCCCCCGCGCCUGUCUCCGCCUAGUCUACCCCGGCUUGGCUCAGGCUCCGCUGCGCUUGGCUGUAGCCCUCUCCAGGCCCUUUCCCUGCCCGCUGCAGCUCCUGAGGCCGGCUUGCUCGCUAGGCAGCUAUAAGUGAUCUCCAAGGCAGCGCCAAGGAUGAAGUGCAAGCCUAACCAGACACGGACCUACGACCCCGAAGGCUUCAAGAAGCGCGCUGCGUGCCUGUGCUUCCGCAGCGAGCGCGAGGAGGAGGUGUUGCUGGUGAGCAGCAGCCGCUACCCCGACCGCUGGAUCGUGCCGGGAGGGGGCAUGGAGCCCGAGGAGGAGCCGGACGGCGCGGCGGUGCGCGAGGUGUUUGAGGAGGCAGGAGUCAAGGGGAAGUUGGGCCGCCUCUUGGGCGUCUUUGAGCAGAACCAGGAUCGCAAGCACCGGACCUAUGUGUUCGUGCUCACCGUCACCGAGCUGCUGGAGGAUUGGGAAGACUCGGUCAGCAUCGGCAGGAAGCGAGAGUGGUUCAAGAUCGAGGAUGCCAUCAAGGUCCUGCAGUGCCACAAGCCCGUGCAUGCCGAGUACCUGGAGAGACUGAAGCUGGGCGGCUCCCCUACCAACGGGAACUCGGGUGCCCGGUCCCUGCCAGAGAGCGAGCCCUAAUGAACAGAGAAACCAUGUUCAAGAUUACACCGAAAUCAUCAUGGAUGUGAAUCCAGUAUUUAGUGGUAUUGUCAAGUUCACGGGAGCAUUUUAAGGUUCCCAAGGAGACCACUCAUCUGGUUUUCCUGCUACACCUUGGAACACUCCUCUGUCUUAUUUACCAACGUUUUUGCUCUGGUUGUUGUACUCUUGUAUGUGAACGGACUUAAUUCAACACCUAUAGCCUUUUGUUGUGCAUUUCUGAUGUGUCUGCCUUCUUCAUUAGACUAUUACCUUUGAGAGCAACUACUAUUUUUCCUUACUCUGCAUAUUCUGCAUCUAAGACACUACUUGAAAUAUGUUUGUCAUCACUGGAGGUCUUUGAUUCAAUUAAUAUUUUGUAAUCUCUUUGUGGCAAAACAUUUCCUUUCCAAUCUGGUGCUAGUAGAGUAUCUGCUGUCUGAGCACCAUGUGUGUGGCUCACGUGUAAUAGGUGUUUCACAAGCAUUUCAGGACAGUUGAAAGCAUUCAAGGACAAGAAUUAGUACUCAUUUAUAUGUCACACCACACAAUGGCUCACACAGUUUUAAUAUUAUGCCAUCACUUAGGCUAACAUUUGAUAGAACUAGUCCUUCAUGUAACAAUUUUUGUGUUUUUGUACUGUUGUUAAUUUGCUUAAAAUUUUAUUCAAAAAUAUCACUUGCUAUAAAGGUAAUUGUAAAAACACUACAAUGAAAACUUAUUAUUGUGAGUUUUUAUAAAAAAUAAAUUUUAAAAUAAUAUACAAAUAAUACAUUUAAUUUUUUGCAAUGCUCUACUUCUUAAAUGUCAUCUUAACAUUUCCUUGAAGAAAAUUCUCCGUAUUUUCUUUAUAUAGAUUCAAUAUUCUGUGUUAUUUGAUGGUGAGCACGAAGAAAACUGCUACUCAAGCAGUUUUCAGAGCUAAUUAUGCCGUUUAUUUGCUUAAGUGUCUUUUGCCUCUCUUCACUAUUUCAGUUGGCUGUGGUUUUCAUUCCUUUCCUAGUACACUCAGCUGGCUUCUCAGUAUCACAAGCUUUCUGCAUGUAAAAAUGCAGAGAGUAUUGAGAGUGCUAAAUUGGUGUCACUUAGAAAGGCUUCAGGGAAAGAGACUGCUGUAAAGGGGAACACAAAAUAGAGAAUUUAAAUGAGGGAGUUUGGUUCAACUCUUUCCAAAAGAAUAACUUUAUGACAAGGAAAAGGACAUUUCACAGAGUUUUGCCACAGGGUAUGUGAUGUCAGUACUCUUACUCAGCUCAUUACAAGUGUUCCAAAAAGGUUCUAAUAUGGUUGUUGUAUUUCACUUUUUCCUUAAUAAACCAUUAUAUUGGGAAAGGCUUGAAUUCCAGUUUAGUGUUAACACCCUCAUGGUAUCGGUGAAAUGUAUUGUGUCCCCACAUCUUACAGAUAUUAAAAUAAAACCACAGGUUGUAAUUUACUGGAGUUUCUAUUUGUGAUAUGUACUGUGAUUUUGCUUUCUAAAGAAACCCUUAUCUUUUAGAAAAUGGUACUGAAAAUUUACAAGUAUGCUACUGUUUUUUGCUUCAAUAUAAUCAGGGUGGUAGAAGUUUGUACAUAGAUGAAACAAGAUUGGCUCUGACUUGAUUGUUGAAGCUCUGUGAUAGAUGUUUGAGAAUUCAUUCUCUCUACUUUUGUAUAUGUUUGAAAUUUUCCAUAAUAAAAAUUGCAAAAAUUUAUUCCUUAGAGUUUA